AGACAGACGAUAGCGACUUUCAAGCCAAACUUGCUAAGCUUAUCAACACAGCUGGAACUCAACUCAUCAUUUGCUGGUCAAAGUAAAUACAAGAUAUUUCUUUUUAGUCUAAUUCAUAUAAUAAUAACUUUAUUCAUACAAAAAUACCAUUACUGAUAUGUCGAAUUACAAACAAAUAAACUGAUUACGGUAUAUGGAAAAUGAGCUUAAGAUACAAACUUACAAUUGGUCAAAUGUUUUUAAAAUAUAACAGAAUUUAGCAACUAGUGAAUUUAUGGAUUUGUCUUUCAUUGACAUAAUAUAUAUGAAAAGAUCAUGGUUAUUAAAAAAUCUAAAAGAAUAGUUAAUUUGAAAAAGAUUGGUAAUGAAGUUCGUUCUAAUCACUGUGAAUUUUGUAUUGGCACAUUGCAUUAAAUAGUGUUGUUCAUUACCAACCUCAUUCAAGUCACAGUGGCUACAAAUUCUCUCCUCAUAUGAGAUAUUGUUGUAGCGACCAACUUCAACUUCAUAUAUGUAUUGUCAUACUGUUUCAUGGUGCACUUUGUUCUCACUGGCUUAGUACACAUAUGAUUGGUUAAUCGGAUCUAUCAAACAUAUCUGAUUGGUUAAUGGUCGCUUAAUGGCAGCGGCAGUGAAAGUCAAAUCUGAAUCUCUAUCUUGUUAAGAUUUCUUUCAUCACAGUGUUUCUACCAGAAAAUUGCGAAUUGACAGGGAUUCAGCUAACUGAAAAAUACAAGCAAAACGUUGACGUUUCGGGCGAAGGCCCUUCGUCUUGAAGUUAGGUUUAGUUUGGUUUAACAACUUUAAUUCAGUACCACACAUACUAAAUAAGGCUUGACACGAACGGGACGAGGUCCCAUGCAAGGUGUCAGCCUGACUAAACUUUACAAACUACUAGCGUAACUAUAAUAACUAUUAUAUACAAGCAUUUAAAAUAGAUAAAAUUAGGAAUGACAAGGACACGUCCUACACAAUGAAUAGGUGCAGGGUAAAUAUGGAUCGAAUGUUGUUGUCAAAAGUUCAUUAUAAGUCUUGUACAAGAAUGUUUUGAAACUACUGAGAGUUGCAAAUAUACAAGAUGGAGCUAACUUGAGGAUUAAGUUCCAUAGAUGGACAAUUCUAUUGAAGUACGACGUUUUAAAAGUACUAGUUUUGCAAAAAGGUGUCUGUAAAUACAUUGACGACCCCCGUCUUGUUCUACUACUGACAAAAGGUGUAAAAAUAUUUGUAUCGAGGUCAAUUAGACCAUAUCUACGUUUAUAAUAAAAAGUCAAAUCUUUGAUCUCUCUAUCAUAAGAAAGUGGCAGGAGAUCUAGUUUCUUUAAGCGAUCCACGUAAGCUAAGUCCCCUCGUUUAAGUCUUAAAAUCCACAACGAAGCACGUCGUUGCACGCCUUCAAUUCUUUUCUUCAAGGUAGCUUUCUGGUGUUAUAGUCACUGCCUAUACUCUGACACAGACCGUUCGAGUUUAUAUCACAUGCAGUGUUUUUAGAGUGUUCUCAUACUGUUGUCACAGUACAGACAUAAAUAAAUAAUAUCCUUUGCGUAUGACUUUGUAGACUUACAAAAGCUGGAAGUACGGAAGAAGCAUCCAAGACUCUAAGCAUUACUGAAAAUAAACUCAACUACAUGUUUGGGUACGGCUUUCCUAUUUGUACUGCAUAGAUUCUUAGACGUGGUAUUUGGCAGAACGAUACUGUCGAUGUGCUUAUUAAUCGGAGAUAUGGAGGCAUCUGCAUGAAAACGAUUGGUUAUAUGUUGUUUAGAUUUCUUGGUAAUGAAGAUGAUGAUAUAUCUCAAAGUGUUCAUAGUUUUGCGAGGGAUUAUAUCACUUUGCUAAAACAGGUACUGUAUACAUUUCCACAUUUUAGGAGUAGAAUUUGUUUCUCUUUUUUUCUGACGUCAUAACAUUGAAUAUUCAACGGGGUGACAUAACGUUGGAUAUGAAAAAAUAUAUUCAAUGUUAUGAUGUCAUGCUGUGAAAAUACGAAUCCGAAGUGAAAAACGACCAAAACAAUAUAUCAGACAAAGUCUUAGAAUAUAAAGAAGAACUAUCAAUGAAAACAGCUAUUGAGACAUUUUAACGUACUUGUGGAAGAAAAAAGGAAAUAUUUUCUGCAAAUGGGAAAAGAAGUGGUCAUUCAUUUGGGAUAAACAAUAAAGCAAUUAUUGAAUUCGAUUCAACCUCAUUCAAUAAUUGUUAACAGUAUCAUUUGUUCUCACAAGGUUUCUGGUUUCCUAUCACCCACAAGGAAUGUUUUCGAGAUGAGUCACGAUACUUACAAAUGGUACAAUAGAACUAGUGGUUUCGCUACUCCCAUCAUGCAGUCAUCAUUAUUGUGUUGAAUGGACCUUUCCCCUUAUAACUAAAAUUUUGAUCUAGACAAAAAUUUCAUAGCUUGAAAGAGCAUCACAAACUUAGUAAUAUUCCAAAGUUUCGUUGUGAAAUGUUGUAAAAUGCGGAUAAUAUAGCCUUGCGAAGUUUGCCGUUUUUCAGUCAUUUUGUAUUACGCAUGGGAAAUUGACAGCCCAAUCGGGUGUUGGGGCAUCAAUUUCCCGUCUGUAAUACAAAAUGACUGAAAAUUGCAAAUUUCGCAGGGCUAUAUUAUCCGCAUUUUACAACAUUUUGCAACGAAACUUCGGAAUAUUACUAAUUUUGUGAUGCUCUUUCACGCUGUGAUGAAAUUUUUGUCUAGACUUGUCUAGAUCAAAAUUUUAGUUAUAAGGGGAAAGGUCCACUUUUAUCAAAAAUCUUUCUCAUGAAUUGUUAUCAAAAAUCUUCCACUAAUCUUUUUCCAUUUUAAACAGCUACCUAACAUGUCAUCAGCACAGGAAAGGAAUAUUAAGGUGUGUGUCGUCGGUGGUGUUAAAAUGUAACAAUUAGUAAAUUAUGUUUGAAGCUACUCAAAAACAUUCGAUAUAUGCUUUAUUUUCUUAUUUCAUAUAUUCAUGCAUAAUUCAAACUGUUUAUUCCUAUAACCAGGGCUUGCUGCUUACCGUGAUAAAGAAAAUGAAAUAUGAUGAAUCUUAUGACUUUGAUCAAGAGGUUAGAUGUGUACACUAUUUCUAAACAGUAUAUUUCUAUGAUUAGCAAUAGCACAAUGCAUAUAUUUAAUAUGUAAUUGGAAUCAUGGCGGUAUUGAAGAGUUUCGUUACCUUACCUGAGAUUGUUUUGCCCCUUGCCUGAGAAAUGUUGCGCCUCCCCUGAAAAUUCAUUUAACAUUUAAAACUUAACAGUCAAAUUUGAUAAUCAGUAAUCUGUGUGUUAAUUGACCAUUUGCGUAAUAGACUAAAUCUUGAUCUCAACAAAAAUUUCAUUACAGCUUGAAAGAGCAUCACAAAAUUAGUAAUAUUCCAAAGUUUCGUUGCAAAAUGUUGUAAAAUGCGGAAAAUAUAGCCUUGCGAAAUUUGCAAUUUUCAGUCAUUUUAGAUUACAAACCGGAAAUUGACAGCCUCGAAGGGUUUGGGGCUGUCAAUUUCCCGUUUGUAAUCUAAAAUGACUGAAAAUUGCAAAUUUCGCAAGGCUAUAUUUUCCGCAUUUUACAACAUUUUGCAACGAAACUUUGGAAUAUCACUAAUGCUCCUUCAAGCUGUGAUGAAAUUUUUGUCUAGACUUGUUUAGUUCAAAAUUUAGUCUAUUACGCAAAUGGUCAAUUACCAUUACAAUUACUUGAUGUGUUCGGUCACUGAAAAGCCCCAAUUUGGAGUGAGCUGUAUAAUGUAUGAAUUACUCCUUCGAAUCACCAAAAUUUAUAUAGUCAUACAGUCAUAAUAGACCUUUCCCCUUAUAACCAAAAUUUUGAUCUAGGCAAGUCUAGACAAAUAUUUCAUCACAGCUUGAAAGAGCAUCACAAAAUUAGUAAUAUUCCAAAGUUUCGUUGCGAAAUGUUGUAAAAUGAGCAAAAUAGAGCCUUGCGAAAUUUGCAAUUUUCAGUCAUUUUGCAUUACAAACGGGAAAUUGCAGCCCCAACACCCGAAUCGUAUGUCAAUUUCCCGUUUGUAAUAUAAAAUGACUGAAAAACGGCAAACUUCGCAAGGCUAUAUUAUCCGCAUUUUACAAGAUUUUGCAACAAAACUUUGGAAUAUUACUAAUUUUGUGAUGCUCUUUCAAGCUGUGAUGAAAUUUUUGUCUAGAUCGAAAUUUUCGUUAUAAGGGGAAAGGUCCAUUCAUAAAUACAAUAUUGAUAGGUAUGUAUACAUUACAUUACGUGCAUACAGUAAUGUUAUUGAAUCUAGGGGAACAUGUCUUAAACCCAGACCAUCGCCACCUCCCCUCGCCACAUUCCCACCUCAGUAUUUAUACCAAAGUCUGGCUCUGAUUAGAAUGUCGUUUUGUUUAGGGUGAAGAUGAGGCAAUGUUUCUAGAAUACAGAAAAUUACUUAAGAUUCUGUUUCAGAAUAUUGGACAAUUGGUAUGUUCUACGCCCGAUUAAUCGAUUGUUUUUGUGUUUUUUUUGGCAAUCGAUUAUUCUUAAUGAUAAUCGAA